AUGACUAGGCUCCGCGGCCCGUCUGUAAGCUCUUGCGAGAGCUCGCGUGGCGGUAAUGGUAUGGACCGCUCCCACUGCCACAGGUCCAAAUUGCCUCCGAACGCACCAGAUAUUAUCUUGCAAAAUACUGUCGAUGUUUCCGAUCCUGCCCAGGUGUUAUUGUGGUAUCGCGAUGAACGCCGGCGGCAGUUCAACAUUUUGGUGAGAAGGUACAAAAACCAACUACUCCACGGGUGUCGAGAUCCGAAUUGUCAAACCCCAACCUGUGCCAGCUAUCAGAAGAGAGUAUCAGAAGGGCCAUAUCGACGUUAUACCGAGCUGAGCGCGCGGACACUGGCUUGCUACUUAGCGAGUUUAGACAAUGCGGAAACGGGUCUCUGUCGUAAUCCUCCUCGUGUGCACUCCGAGUUAUCUUCCCAAGAUUCAACACGCCGGUCGAAACGUCGAACCCCUACACACUCCGCUCAAAGCCCGGCGCGACCCGAAUCCGCAGCAUCGGUCGAGAAGGCCAGCAGAACCCGCCCAUCAACCUCAUCAACGGAUAAUACAGCAAAUGUCAACUCGACGACACAGCCUCUGGAAGAUGGCCUUGUGCGCAGCUCGUCCCCGAUGCGCGGCUCCCGGAAACAUAUGGUUAUGGUGCCGGGCCCUAGCAACCCGGCGACUGAGCGAAUGAAGGACCCAAAAUCAUUUACCCAAAAUUUAUUUGAUACUCUUUCGUUGCGAAUGAUCGAGUGGCUUCCUCUUCGCCGGUCUCCUGGCUCGUUUGACCUUGAUCAAGCGCGCCCUCAUUACCGAGAAGCCCCUCGAUCUCCCAAUUCAGAUACCUGCCAAGCGCACUUGGAUUCGGAUAAAGACCAACCGUAUUUUAAGGAACGACCAUAUCAAGCUAACGCGGGCAGCAACCCGCAAACUCCUUCGUCACGCAACACUGGGUCUCAAACAACGGCAGUGGAGCUGAAGCAAUUCAAACGAUUAUCCCUAACAGAGACUGAACUACGACGUUCAAAUUCAAAAUCAAGUUUGGAUGAGAAACCCCUCCCCGAUUUGAAACCCGCCAGGAAGCUUUCCGUUAGUGCGCAUGCAAAUGCAAACGCGGACGAAUUUGUCAAUAUUCCUUCGCCGCCGGCGCUCAGACACCGUCCACAAAAACAUCGUGGAAGAACAUCUGAUGCAAACAAUACUCGCUUGUAUGAGAAGGCGAAGAAAGAGAGGCGAGUGUCUUGGGAUGGAGCGAAGUUCCUGAAUGAUGUUCAAUCACAACAUCAGCCGGAUCCUACUCCUAGCCCCAAGAACGAGGACUCUCCAAAGGCCCAGCCACCCAAAGACCAACGCCGCCACCACGACGGACCACAACUGGCGCUGGAUAUUACGACCAUUCAGUCACUCAGCCAUCUUAACGAUGAAAUCAUUGAUGGUUUAAAACAGAUGCUCAUAAUUUCUGAGGACGAAGCGGAAAAGUGGAGAGAGGAGCUGACGUUUAUGGAAACUAGCGGCAGCUACGAAGAUUCUGAAUGGCGAGUUGCAACGUCCCGGCAAUACGCAGUAUUCACGUUCAUCACUCAAAGUGUUUUUUAUGCGCUGGGGAGUAGCAGGCAACUUUUGCGCUCAUUUCGAAAGGACACGGCUCGUCCGCAUGAUUCCAACGAGGACUCACAGCUCAAUCUUCACCAGUUGCAACCCUCAUUACGCAAACUCUUUUCUAUUUGCCCUAAAGAUAUUGUUUUCCACAGUCUGUGGAAUGCUUUGGAGGCGUUGUUUGUCCCACCUAAAGAGCUUUCUGCAUCAGCAAGGAAUUCCCGACGCUCCUCUUACAACUCCAACCCUACUACUCCUGUUUCUGCUCCAAUAAUAAUUCGCCGAUCAUCCGAAACUGCCAGUCACCAGUAUAUCACUGAUGCUAAUGCUGCAGAUGUUGCAACGGUGGUCUUGUUUGCCUUAGCCAGCUCACUACCAGAAAUAGACAAUUCUACAUGGAGUUGUAUGGUUUUAAUGCGAUCUACUGGGUGCGUCGCUAUGGGCGCGGCUAUGGAAAUGUUUCGCCUGGACGACGCCCGAGUGGUUGUUGAAACCACAGAUGUUCUGGAACACGAAUUGGCCCUUCGAUUAGUUGAUCGUUUAGUGCGUGGCCUUACCGCGCGGUUAGCCUUCCAUGAGAUAUCCAAAACUCGAUCCGCAUAUAGUCAGCAGUCUUCGAAACGCAAAAGCAACGUUUUGGACACUUUCGUCGAAAUCCUCGGCCAACACUCCGAUCUCGUGGCCCAGUCUAGGAAUGGCAAGGGUUCGAACUCUCACGCACCUAGUGCGCCGGCGAUAAUCAACGAGUGGCUACGUACUCUUUUCAUGAAAUCCUGGGAUGGGAACCCUGAGAUAUCCAGAAGCAGUUCAGAAGGAGGUGUCGUGCAGAUAUUGUCCGUUCUUUAUCGAGAAAGAAACCGCCUUGGUCUUACACCAGAGGACUUCCACACUCACUUCCUCGCUGAGCGCCUGGAUCCUCUCGAGAUGCCUGUGGAAUGGAUAGCGCGAGUGUCAAGUAACAAAACUUUACACCUUUUGUCUUACCCGUUUUUAUUCCCCCCUUCCUCACUCGUCAUAUACUUUCGUGCUCUCAACUAUUCCGCCAUGUCCAAAUUCUAUGAAGCGGCUAUGACUACGACAAGACAUGUGAGCCAGACUGCUCUCGGAGCUAUCGAGAUCCAAGAUGAUAUUGGCCUUCUUGCUCGCAUGCGAACAUCAAUGACGACUUAUCUUGUGCUUGUCAUUCGACGGGAUAACAUACUCACAGACGCUUUGAAUCAACUUUGGCGGCGUGAAAGGCGAGAGCUCAUGCGGCCUUUAAAGGUCCAAAUGGGUAUGGAUGAAGGAGAAGAAGGGCUUGAUCACGGUGGCGUUCAACAAGAAUUUUUUCGGUUGCUGAUGGCGGAGGCUCUUAGCCCAUCGUACGGCAUGUUCACCACGGACGCCCGAACUCGCCUCUCAUGGUUUCAGCCAUGCUCGUUGGAGCCCCUUUACAAAUUCGAGCUUCUCGGAUUAUUGAUGUCGCUUGCCAUUUAUAAUGGUUUGACGCUCCCAGUGAAUUUUCCGACUGCAUUUUAUCGAAAGCUACUGGGGCUGAAACUAAAACAACUAGACCAUAUUCGUGAUGGGUGGCCGGAGCUGACCAGAGGACUGGAAGAACUCCUUCGUUGGAACCAAGGCGAUGUCGGUGAUAUUUUCAUGAGAACGUAUGAGUUUAGCUUUGAGGCAUUCGGCCGUGUUGAGACAGUUGAUAUGGAGAAAGUUCGCAGGGAUGCUCCGUGGCAUCUUUCGGUUGCACCUCCACAAUCUGGUCGCUCAGUACGGUACUCACCGUCAUGGUCGGAUGUCCGCCGUUAUACCGACCAGGCUAGCCUGAGUCCGCCGUCAUCGAUGGCUGCUGAAACUGCUGAUUCAUAUGAUGACGCUGCAAAAUUUGCGGCGAGCCUGCCUCCAUUACCUUCACCUACGCCUCCAGCCGACGAAGCUGCUUUGGUGACCAACGACAAUAGGAACCAGUUUGUAAAGGAUUAUAUCUUUUGGCUAACCGACAAGUCUAUCCGUCCACAAUUCGAGGCCUUUGCGAAGGGCUUUUAUACCUGCCUUGACCGCCAGUCCUUGUCUAUAUUCACGCCAGAGGCGCUGAAGACUGUGGUCGAGGGCAUCCAGGAGAUUGACAUGGCACAGUUGAAACGCCAUGCCCGAUACGAAGGCGGCUUUAGUGCGAGCCACCGGGUGAUACGAGACUUCUGGGAUAUUGUUGAAGAGUUCUCUGCUGAGAAAAAGGCGCAGCUGUUGGAGUUCGUCACUGCGAGUGACAGAGUGCCGGUCAAUGGGAUUUCGAGCAUCAUGUUCGUGAUCCAGAAGAACGGCGUAGGUGAUGCUCGGCUCCCGACCAGUUUGACGUGCUUUGGACGACUCCUGCUGCCAGAGUACUCAUCGAAAAGCAUGCUGGAGGAGAAGCUCAACAAGGCAUUGGAGAAUGCCCAGGGAUUCGGCGUUGCGUGA